CUCUCUGUCACACAAAGCUCACUACACACACAGACUCCACUUUAUUUUAAGGCCAAUAAAGUGACGUGCUGCGAUCAUGGAAAUCCGAUAAAAAAGGAGGAAACUUAUGGUCAAAUUAUUGGUGGUGAGGUGUGAGUUCUUCACGAGGGCAUGCUGCUAACCUAUCUCCAUCACUGCUCACCUGAACUCCUCCUUCCCUCAUUCAUCUCGCGCCACGUACCUUUUUCUAUUUUGGGCAAUUUCUCGCCUUAUUUUAUUGGUGUUAAUGCGAGCUGCUGCUUGAUUGCGGCGAUUGGUUUGGGGAAUUAAACGAAUUCGGGAUGGAUCGACCGCCGGGGAUGGACUUGCCGAUCAUGCAUGAUAGCGAUAGGUAUGAGCUGGUUAGGGAUAUCGGGUCGGGUAAUUUCGGCGUCGCCCGGUUGAUGAGGGAUCGCCUCACGGGGGAGCUUAUUGCUGUUAAGUACAUCGAGAGGGGCGAGAAGAUUGAUGAAAAUGUGCAGCGAGAAAUCAUCAACCAUAGGUCUCUCAGGCACCCCAAUAUCGUCAGAUUUAAAGAGGUGAUACUGACGCCGACGCAUUUGGCUAUUGUGAUGGAGUAUGCAUCCGGAGGAGAGCUUUUCGAACGAAUAUGCAAUGCAGGGCGAUUCAGUGAGGACGAGGCAAGGUUUUUCUUCCAACAACUUAUUUCCGGGGUCAGCUACUGUCAUGCUAUGCAAAUUUGCCACCGUGAUUUGAAGUUGGAGAAUACGUUGCUCGAUGGUAGCCCGGCUCCUCGGCUGAAAAUUUGUGAUUUUGGGUACUCAAAGUCGUCGGUGCUUCAUUCACAGCCAAAGUCAACAGUUGGUACCCCUGCAUAUAUUGCUCCAGAAGUGUUGCUUAAAAAGGAAUAUGACGGAAAGAUCGCAGACGUAUGGUCUUGUGGAGUAACUCUAUAUGUCAUGCUCGUUGGUGCAUACCCAUUUGAGGACCCCGAGGAACCUAAAAACUUCAGAAAGACUAUACAGCGAAUCUUGAACGUGCAGUACUCCAUUCCCGACUACGUUCAUAUAUCCCCAGAAUGCCGUCAUCUGAUCUCAAGGAUCUUCGUGGCGGACCCUGCAAAGAGGAUUUCAAUCCCGGAGAUCAAGAACCACGAGUGGUUUCUAAAGAACCUCCCGGCAGAUCUCAUGGACAACAACAUGGCAAACAAUCAGUUCGAAGAACCAGAACAGCCUAUGCAGAGUGAUAGUGAGAUAAUGCAGAUAAUAACUGAGGCUACCAUCCCACCUGCUGGAACCAACAGUCUUAACCAGUAUUUAACGGGAAGCCUCGACAUCGAUGAUGAUAUGGACGAGGAUCUUGAAAGCGACCCUGACCUUGACAUCGAUAGUAGUGGAGAAAUAGUGUAUGCUAUGUGAUUGGAUGCCUCUGUAGGACAAGGAUGCUUUGUUUCCAGCUCCAUUGCUUUUAAGCCUGCAAGCAAAGAAAGUUUGUUAUCUUCACUACAAAAAGCAUUAUGUAUGUUGAUGAUGAUUUCCAAAUCAACUGUUUGUUGUCUUAACUGCUGGAAUUUAGUAUAUUUGUAAAAUUUAUUGGUGUUGAA